GGCAUUGGCUUGACUCACCGAAUGAAAGACAACCCAACAAAUGAGUGCCACUGUCUUAUCUCUGAAAAAGAUGGCUCUGCCCUUUGGUCAACACCUCCUUCUAAUUAGCUUCUUUGGCUUCUUUGCAUACAGCAGCUUUGUAGGAGGUCAAAAAAACAACACAUUGAUUUUUACUAAGGAAAACACCAUUCGAAACUGCAGCUGCUCUGCUGAUAUACGGGAUUGUGAUUACAGUUUGGCUAAUCUGAUGUGCACUUGUAAAACUGUUUUACCCUAUACGAUAGAGCAAGCCAGCUAUGAGAGUGAUCUGACUAUUUGGUUCACAGACACCACUGCACUGGGCUUCCUACUGAAUUUUACAUUGGUUAGGGACCUGAAGCUUUCUCUAUGUAGCACAACUACCCUCCCAACAGAAUAUGUGGCAAUCUGGGGACUGAAGAGGCUUCGAAUCAACACAGAAGUCAAGGAUCAAUUCCCAGAGCAAAGCUUACUGAUACACAACAGUGGUGACAGUGAUUUUAAGGAAGAGAAGCCUAAAUGGCCCACAGACAGGCAAACAUUUUUAUAUGUUUCAUUCCUGGAUACAGCUCUUUUCAAUGGGGAAUCAUCUUUGAAAUCAUACAGCAUUGAAAAUGUUGCCAGUAUCACAAACAACUUCCCUUACCUUUCUUACUUCAAAAUGUUUUCCAUCCCAAGCAACAAAAGUUAUAUUGUUACAUUCAUUUACUGA